AUUCACCGAGUGCACGUUUGGAGCGCCGGAAGUGUCUUCUUUUUUUGUGCCAGUAUUUUUUUAGUUGGUCAUUUUCAAUAUAACUGUGUGAAGAAACUUAUGCAAAAUGACGUGGGCAUGCGACCCGGCGCUCACGACGACUAUUGUUAACAGCUACCAAUUGCUACCUGCAGUUGCGCAAACGCUGCAGACCAUCAUGGCUGCGCACUGCGCUUUGGUAGGAGACCAUUUGUGGCCUGACGACGCUGUAAAAAUUGUUAUUGAUGAUCCUAAUUACGAUUUCAUUGUGGUUGGAUCUGGAUCAGCUGGAUCGGUGGUGGCGAAUAGGCUCAGCGAAGUUCUCGACUGGAAGGUCUUACUCAUAGAGUCUGGAGGGAACCCAACCUUAUCUACUGAAAUACCUCAGGUAUUCUUCAGCAAUAUCGAUUCCAGUACAGAUUGGGGGUACAGGAAUGUACCACAAGAAAAUGCCUGUAGAAGCUAUAACACCAAAAACUGCGCGUGGCCUCGAGGAAAGGUUCUUGGAGGCUGCAGUAGCAUAAAUGGUAUUUUCUACGUUAGAGGAAAUAAGUUAGAUUAUGAUGAAUGGGCUGCAGCAGGGAAUAAAGGCUGGAGUUACGAAGAAGUCCUCCCCUACUUCAAAAAAAGCGAGAAUUAUAGCGAAAUUCUUACAGACACAACUCAAAUUUACCACAGUAAGGGAGGCUACUUGUACGUAGAUCAAAGCCAGGAAGAUUUACACGACUUCGAAAAGAUGAUUAUCCAAGCUGGAGUAGAACUGGGACUUAAACUUGAAGUCGAUAUUAACGGGGCUAAUCAAAUGGGUAUUUCUAAAAGUGCUACUAAUGUCUACAACGGAGUUAGACAAAGCACCGCUAGAGCGUUUUUAUCACCAAUCAAGGAUAGAAAAAACUUUCAUGUGCUCAAACACGCUCUGGCAACCAAAUUAUUGUUUAAGCCAGGAACGAAUAUUGUCAGUGGAGUAGUAGUAAACAAAGAUGGCCAGGAAAUUAGAAUAAAUGCUAGAAAAGAAGUUAUUAUAUCAGCAGGUGCGAUUAAUACUCCACAAUUAUUAAUGUUAUCAGGUAUAGGACCAAAGAAGCACUUAGAAGAACUUGGCAUUGACGUCAAAGCUGAUUUGCCAGUAGGAGAAAAUCUACAAGACCAUCCUUUCGUUCCUAUAUACCAUAAAUUACCAGCUGAUAAAAGCAUGACAUCUUUCGGCAACGUUGUGGGAAUGUUUGUACAAUUUCUGCUUGAAAGGAAAGGCCUACUAGCUAGCACUUCACCGUUCAGAGUCAUAUCUUUCAUGAACACUACAGACCGUCAAGCAACCAGCCCAGAUAUGCAAUAUCAUUACAUAUUUUUCCCUCCAAAUACAGUUAAUUUUCUGGAUUUAUAUAGUAAACACAAGAUGAGUGAUGAAUUCCAAAAAAAGUUUCAAGAAAUAAAUGAAGAAAAUAUAAUAUUAUCAGCGUUUGCUGUAUUGUUACGUCCGAAGUCUAAAGGAAAGAUUUUAUUGAAAAGUACAGAUCCAUUCGAACAUCCAUUAAUUUAUGCUAAUUAUUUUCAUGAACCUGAAGACUUAGAGACUAUAAUGAGAAGUUUUAAACAACAUGGCUUAAAAAUCGGUGAAACAAAAACAAUAAAAGGUGUAGGUUUCGAACAAGUAUGGUUAGACCUAGAUGCGUGUAGGAAAUAUGAUAAAAAUUCUGACGAAUUUUUGAAAUGUUGGUCAUCUGAAUUGACAACGUCUUUGUAUCAUCCUACGUCAACAGCUAAAAUGGGUCCUGAUAAUGAUGAAACUGCUGUGGUGAAUAGUGAACUCAAAGUACGAAAAGUGAAGAAUCUAAGAGUGAUAGACGCCAGUAUAAUGCCUAACAUCGUUCGAGGUAACACACAUGCACCUACGGUAAUGAUUGGAGAAAAAGGAGCCGAUAUGAUUAAGCAAUCGUGGCUACAACGACAUACGGAACUAUAGAAUAGUAAGCAUGUAAAUAAAAGAUGAGUGAAAUCAAACGACAGGAAUUAUUAGCAAAAAAUUGAUUGUUGAAACUUAUAAUAAACCAGACAAAUUACUUAGCAUUAAUGUACAAGUUGCCAAUAAAAUAUAACCAUUUGUUUGAAAUAUUGCACUAUAGUGAGAAACACUUUAUUUCCCUGUUGUAAGACUUACUAUA